AUGGAUUUGGUUCGGGGUUCUUUAAAACUGUUUGGUCUGAGGUGGGGAAGGACAUUUUGUAGUGCCAUUAUGCAUUUCUUUGAAACUAUCCAGUUUCCUGUUGAGUUACACAAUACAAUGUUGUCUUUAAUACCAAAAAAGGACAAUCUUUCCAGAGCUGUAGAUUUUCGACCAAUAGCUUGCUGCGCAACAGUGUACACAUGUAUAUCUAAGCUUUUAUGUUCUUGGUUGGCUAAAAUUCUUUCGAGUUUAAUCAACCAAAACCAGGGUGCCUUUGUUAAGGGAAGAUCUAUAGCCUACAACAUCUUAAUUCUCCAAGAUCUUUUGAAGAAUUGUAAGAGGAAAAAUUGCUCUCCGAGAUCCACUAUAAAAAUAGAUAUCAGUAAAGCUUACGACACUGUCUACUGGGACUUUCUUGAGCAGCUAUUAAAUGCUUUCUAUUUUCUGACGAAAUUCAUAUGCUGGGUUAUGAUUUGUGUUAAAAAUACUUCAUAUACCUUACUUAUGAAUGGGAGAUUCCAGGGCACUUUCAAAGACCUUUGCUUUGCAGACGAUCUACUUGUUUUUUGCAAAGGGGAUAAAGACUCGGUGCAUGUUAUCAAAGAGGCUUUGGAAGAGCUUAGUAAAACUUCUAGCUUGGCUAUCAACUAUGAGAAGUCUCAAAUCUUUAUGGGAGGAGUGACUCACCCUGAGUCAUUGUCUCAGAAAAUCAACUUGUCAAUAGGGAGCUUUCCCUUUAGGUAUUUGGGGAUCCCUCUUAGACUGACUAAAUGGAAGCUUGAGGAUUUUUGUAUAAUUUUGAAAAAGAUGAAGCAAAAGCUUAUUUGCUAG